GGAUCUGCUGCGUGUCCCGGCGUGACUCCGGGCUCCUGGAAGCUGAAGCCCCUUCUGAACGUGAGAGGAUGCCUGCGCUCGUGACGUCAGCGCGCUCCCCCGUCCGGGAGCCUGUCUGUGAACAGACAACAGAAGAUGAGGAUCCAUCUGAGCGGAGGCGCGCGGGACGGACUGCUGCUCAUCUAGUCAUGCUGAGCCUACACUGCCCUCUAGUGGUCGUUUGGGUGUACCUCCUGCUUCCCGGGGGCCGGAGCCGCUUCUAUGGGUACAACAAUGGCUUUCACUACCAGGACAUUAGCAACGGGAACGGCAACGGAGAGAUCUACUUCAAUGGGAUCCGGCUCCUUGUGGAAUCGCCUCAGUCUUCCGUGUUGGGCACCAGGGGCAGCAGCAUCACUCUCCCCUGUAAGUACCGUUACGAGCCGGAGCUGACCGCGCCGCGCAGGACCCGUGUCAAAUGGUCCUGGCUGCCUGCCAUCACAACAGCCGUUUCUCCUGAUGCCUUCACCACGGAAACCGACGUGAUGGUCGCCAUGGGCAACCGUCAUCGCAGCUAUGGCAGCUUCCGGGGCCGUGUGCGACUGCGGCGCUCAGCUCCGGGGGAUAUGUCUCUAGUCAUCAAUGAGCUCCAGCUCAACGACACCGGACGCUAUCGCUGCGAGGUGAUUGACGGCCUCGAGGAUGAAAGUGUGACUGUGGAGCUGGAGCUGAAGGGUGUGGUGUUCCCCUACUACUCCAAGAAAGGACGUUACCACUUUAAUUUCUUUGCGGCCCAUCAAGCAUGUCAGGAUCAGGAGGCCACUCUGGCUACAGUGGAGCAGCUUUUCUCAGCCUGGGAGGACGGCCUUGACUGGUGCAACGCAGGAUGGUUGUCAGACGGCACAGCGCAGUAUCCCAUCACGGUGCCGCGCCACGGCUGCGGAGGAGAGGACCUGGCUCCUGGUCUGCGCAGCUACGGUCGACGACAUCGUCUUCUUAACCUUUACGACGCUUUCUGCUUCUCUGCGUCUACGAAGGGGAAUGUCUACUUCUUAAAAGGUCAGAAGAAGCUCAACUUCACUCAAGCAGUCCAGGCCUGUGUUAGGGAUGGAAGUCAAAUUGCCAAAGUGGGUCAUCUCUAUGCUGCGUGGAAGCUGGCGGGGUUGGACCGCUGUGACGCAGGCUGGUUAGCUGAUGGAAGCGUCCGCUAUCCCAUCACCAAAGCUCGGCUUAACUGUGGUCCGCCAGAACCAGGCGUGCGCAGCUUUGGAUUCCCCCCUCUACAUCUAAAAUUUGGUGUUUACUGUUACCGUCAACCACUUUGAUAGAACAAAUAGCCUAUAGGGUCAAAUCAGGAUCAGCUUCAAGUGAACGAAAAAACAGAUUGAAACCUUGAAAAAUAGACAUCGUAACUGAAAAAAAAUUGAAAAUUUGAAAACAAGACAUUGUAAAUAAAAAAAAA